AUGAAUAACUCAAAAUUAUUUUUUUCUUCUACCAAUCUAAAAAUUAAAUUAUUGGAACCAAACCUUUUCCUACGGGGAAAUUCUCGAGAAUCAUUAGGUUGCUUUUUAAGAGGUGAACUAAUAUUAACCUUAAAUAAGCCAACUAAAAUAAAAAAGUUAGAAUUGAAAUUUAAUGGUAAUUCGAAAACUUUUUGGCCAGAAGGUAGAAUCUAUUAUGGACUACAAUCAAAUUCACAUUUAAAAAAUACCAUUCGCAAAUUAGCUCCAAAAGAUUAUACCAUCCUUCAACCCAACAUUUACACCUUUCCCUUCGAAUUGUUUAUACCUGGCGAUUUACCAGAAACAAUAGAAACUGAUCUAGGGAGUGUCUCUUAUAAAUUGAGUGCAACUCUCUUUAGAUCAGGGUUUUCGUCAAAUUUACACGUGUCACAACAAGUGCCUAUAAUACGUGCUUCUAUACCCGAAGAAAUAAAUUUUGAAGGCAUUGUCACUUAUAGCGAGUGGAAAGAUUUAUUCGGUUACGAAAUCUUGAUACCGAAAAAAGCAUACCCCAUUGGUCGACCUAUAGAAAUAUGUUUGAAAUUAAUACCAAAGGUCAAAAAUUUAGAUUUUGUUGAGUUAAAAGUAAAGCUAAAAGAAAGUUGUAUUUACAAAUCAAAAGAUCGCAAGAAACAAGAAUCAAAAGUUUUAAAAACUAUGAAAAUCGAAAAUUUGGAUAAAGGGAUUGACGAAAUUAAUAAUAAUCUUAUUUAUCAUAAAAAUAUUUCAUUUAUUUUAUCAAAACCAUCAAAAAAAAUUCACUCGAUAAAUCAUAUUGGUGAAACGGAAUUUGACAAGCAGAGUGCUUAUAUUUUAUUUUCUAUAAGAAUGAUCUUACAAAUUAUACAUAUUGGUCUAUUAAAACCAACAAUUACUUUGAAUACUUCCACACCAAAUAUUCAUCCUGUCCAUUGUGAUUCGAACCUUUCAACAAAUAUAGUUAUUUGGGGUUGUAUUAUAGCAGAUUUCUUGAUCAAUAUUUAUGUAUCAAUUCGAUUAUUUACAAUAAUGGGUUCAGCCAAUAGAAGUCUUAGUAUUAGUAUUAGCCGUUUUGGUAACACUAGUACUAGUGCUACA